CAAGGGCGAAUAACUCUAAAUUGCUCCAAAUUGCUUGAUCGUUUUGUCUUCAAUUUGAGUGUUUAUUUUCUUGCAAAUAACUUACUACCACACUUGGAGUAAUUGUAAGCUGUUGGCAACAACGAAUGGUCUUUGGAUCAUUACAAAGAUUAUCGAGAUCUUGCUUUUGAAGUAGAAAAUCUGUGGGAUACUAUACUACUAAAAGUUGUGAAUGAUGGCUGGCCCAGGUCAACAUUACCCCCUGACAGCCCAGAUGUCUGCCCCUGCAUCCUAUCAGGCAUACCAACCACCUCCUCCACCACCUCCACAGAUGUCACCACAGCAACAACAGAUGAUGGUUCAACCCAAAGAGAUAAAUGCUGCUUUGUUUUGUAGAGCUGGGCAGGAAGCUGUUCACGACCUUGUUUCCAAAGCUACAGAAUUAUUUCAGCAGAUGUACCGGUUACAGAUUCCAAAUGGAGUUACAGCUGGUCCGCAGCUGUACCAGGAGAGGCGGAUCAAGAUUGAUGAACAGCUACGUGUCAUCCUUCAGAUGUUUCAGAAGCUAAGAGUGAUCUACAACAAAGUAAAUGAAAUAUCUAUACACUUCCCGGAACCACCAGAAGAGUUGCUGAUUCCGCUAGUUGGUUCAGAAGUGGAUCAGACAUCAAUGAACAAUGAUGUUUACAGAUAUGUUGCAGAGGAACAUAGAGAAAUUGUAGAGCAAGUGAGGAUGAAGAACCAGGAGAUUAAAGACAUCAUUGACCAGAUACGUUCCAUCAUCUGGGAGAUCAACACUAUGAUUACUAUGAGGAAAACGUGAUACAAGGUCAAGGUCACAAUGUCUGUACACAGGGCAUUGGAGGCUGGGCAGUAGUGGGGUGGCCAUGUUGCCCAAGAUACCAACUUGCUCCAGUAUUCCAAUAAGGAAAAAACUGUUGCCUUAAGACACUUGAACUCUGAUUUUGUGAACAUGUGAAUCUCACUUUUCUUUGGAAAUGGAGAAAUGUCUUCAGUGCUACUUUUCAUAGCAGAGUUACAUCCCUUUGCCCUUCCAGGAUCUGCGGACAUGUUCGUACAAUUGCAGACUUGUCUCAUUUUGUCACCACAUACUCCUGGAUUUUAACAAAGUGGUAAAUAUCAAUGCUAUGUGUCACUUAAUGUUUCAUACUUUCAACUUGAAGUGGUGUUACUGAAAACUGAAAUAGUGUGAAGUGCUGAAUGAACUCAGUGAGGUGGAGGAUAUUUCAGGAAAGGGGUAACUGUCUGGGGGAGAAAGAAUGUAUGCAUUUUGUGUAAUAUUUGUAAUGUAUGAAAAUAUACAAUCAUAUUGAUUUAA